CUUAUAGUCAGAUACGUCUUAUUGAAGAAUGUCUCAGAGCAAGGUGAUCAUAAUAACAGGUGCCUCGCGUGGCAUUGGCCUCGCAGCUUCUCAAUAUCUCCUGUCGCAAGGCCACAAAAUCGCCGCAGUAGCGCGCAGCAAAGAGCCAUUGGAGAAGCUCGCUGCCCAAUCCCCCGACCAGGUGCUACCACUUGCGCAAGACCUGUCCAGCCUGACGAUUGGCAAGGACAUCGUCGAUGCCACUCUCAAGAAAUGGCAGCGCAUAGACAGUGUGAUUAUCAACCACGGGACUUUGGAUCCGAUCAAGCGGGUGGCGGACAUGUCGCCCGAGGAGUGGAGGAGCGCUUUUGAUAUCAACGUCUUCAGUGGCGUAGGAUUGAUUCAAGCAGCUCUUCCCUCCCUCCGCCAAUCCAAAGGCACCAUUAUUCUCACCUCGUCGGGCGCCGCUGUCUCCGCAUACUCGACCUGGGGGACAUACGGAGCCGCCAAAGCCGUCCUUAACCACCUCGCGCUGACUCUCUCCGUAGAAGAACCGGAUGUGACGUCAGUCUCUAUCAGGCCUGGCACAGUCGACACGGAGAUGCAGCGUGAAAUACGAGAAAAGCAUCACACUUCUAUGGACGCGCACGACGUGAAGAAAUUCGCCAGUCUCAAGAGCGAAGGGAAGCUCCUGCGGCCCGAGCAGCCAGGUCAUGUCAUCGCAAAGUUGGCUGUUGGGGCGUCGAGGGAAUUGAGUGGGAGGUUUUUAAACUGGAACGAUAAGGAUCUUGCCGCUUUUCAGUAAGAGAAGAGCUGUUCAAGAGCCCAACUAAAGCAGACCGAUCCACUCAGGCUGAGAGUUUUCCCUCUUCCUUGUCCCACCCAGGGGCAAGCACAAGGAUGAGAAAAAGUGCGCUACACAGAUGGCAGGCAACCAAGAUAUCACAUCUACCUGCUCUGUGUUCAGCGCAAGUCGGUAAUCCUGAUAGCGAGGAUCAUUAACCGAUGCAAUGUUUCAAUAUCCUCGCACUGAAAUAACAAAUUUUCAAAACUGUUGCAAUCAUUGGUUAUCAUUCUAGGCUCAUCACCCUGUGACGUAUCGUAAGAGUUAGUGUAAGUCUGGCAAAAGUACCUACGAAGGCACAUUACAUGGUUCUUGUUCGCGGCAGUCGAGGAAAAUAAUAAAAAAAAACAAUGGAAAAAUGUACGCUACACGUUAGGUCCAAGAUAAGAAACAAACGAGAACGAGGCCCGAGAGUCAAUCGUCGUCAGUCAUCGCAGUCGGUCCUCGGCUCGUCAGUUACGUCUACAGUGUGUGCGAC